UGGUUGAAGAUGCCCUGAUGCCAGUUCCCUGAAGUUAGGGGCUGAAGGGACGUGGGGGUGGGAGUAGAAACUCCAGUGCAUCACGGGCUCCCAGAGGGAUGGGGUCGGGAAUCUGUCUUGAAAAUGACAAGCCCUGGCCACCUCUGACCUCACCUUUCUCUUCUCUUCCCUUCACAGAUGAACUGGAGAUCAUCGACGAGUACAUCAAAGAGAACGGCUUCGGCCUGGAGGGGGCGCCGGCGGGCCUGGGCGAGGGCCCGCGCCUCGUUUCCCGCGGGGCCGCCUCCUUGAGUACGGUCACCUUGGGCCCCGCUGCGCGGCCCCCUGUCGCGCCCCCGCCCUGGGGCUGCACGCUGAGCCGGCUGGGGCAGCCUGGGCCCGGGGCGCGGCCGCACCUGGUCAUCACCGAGCAGCCCAAGCAGCGCGGCAUGCGCUUCCGAUACGAGUGUGAAGGCCGCUCUGCUGGCAGCAUCCUGGGCGAGAGCAGCACCGAGGCCAGCAAGACACUGCCAGCUAUCGAGCUCCGGGACUGUGGCGGGCUGCGGGAGGUGGAGGUGACCGCAUGCCUGGUGUGGAAGGACUGGCCCCACCGCGUGCACCCGCACAGCCUUGUGGGAAAGGACUGCGCCGACGGCGUCUGCAGGGUGCGGCUGCGGCCCCAAGUCAGCCCCCGGCACAGCUUUAACAACCUGGGCAUCCAGUGUGUGCGGAAGAAGGAGAUCGAGGCCGCCAUUGAGCGCAAGAUCCAGCUGGGCAUCGACCCCUAUAAUGCCGGCUCCCUGAAGAACCAUCAGGAGGUGGACAUGAACGUCGUGAGGAUCUGCUUCCAGGCCUCCUAUCGGGACCAGCAGGGACACGUGUGCAGAAUGGACCCUGUACUCUCUGAGCCGGUCUAUGACAAGAUUUCGGGGAGGCUAAGCGAGCUGGGUGUCUGUGAUGCUAAGUCCUGGCCCCACUGCUGCCCCUGCUGUCCUGCAGAGGACAUAUCCGUGGUGUUCAGCACAGCCUCCUGGGAAGGCCGGGCCGACUUCUCCCAGGCUGAUGUACACCGGCAGAUCGCCAUUGUCUUCAAGACGCCGCCCUACGAGGACCUGGAGAUCCUGGAGCCUGUGACUGUCAAUGUCUUCCUGCAGCGGCUCACCGAUGGGGUCUGCAGCGAGCCACUGCCUUUCACCUACCUGCCCCGGGACCAUGACACCUACGGCGUGGACAAGAAGCGGAAACGGGGGAUGCCCGACGUCCUUGGGGAGCUGAACAGUUCCGACCCCCAUGGAAUUGAGAGCAAACGGCGGAAGAAGAAGCCAGUCUUCCUGGACCACUUCCUGCCCAGCCAUAGCUCAGGCGCGUUCCUGCCGCAGUCAGCCCUGCUGGCCGACACAGACUUCUUCCAAGGCACUGUGUCCCUGCCUGGCUUAGAGCCCCCGGGCGCGCCCGAACUCCUGGACGAUGGCUUUGCCUACGACCCCACGGCGCCCUCGCUCUUCACCAUGCUGGACCUGCUACCCCCGGCGCCGCCGCUCGCCAGUGCUGUCCCCGGCGGGGGGUGUGCGGGCCCGGCGCUCGGGGAGCCCCCUGGCCCUGAGCCGCUGACGCUGGACUCUUACGCAGCCCCGGGCCCUGCGGAUGGCGGCACCGCCAGCCUCGUGGGCAGCAACAUGUUCCCCAACCAGUACCGCGAAGCGGCCUUCGGGGGCGGCCUGCUGUCUCCGGGGCCCGAGGCCACGUAGCCCCAGAACACCGGCGGGGCAGGGAGGCCGGCGGGCCGAGACACCCCUUCUUCGGGGCCGCCAUAGUCAAUUCCGACCCCGUACCUGAUCGGACAACUGAAGGCCUGGGGAGAAGCCGGGCUACGGCCUCCCCUGGAGCCCCGUUAAAGGAGUUGGGGGAGGAAAAGAAAGCCUUCUCGGGCAGACGGUGAGAUUAUACAUAUUGUACAACCUCCGGGUUGUUUGCAGUCUUCCCAAUAAAGUUGAAUUUUUAAGCCUU